AUGGCUCGAGGUAGGAUAAGAUCGAAGCUAAAGCUAAGCCUUCUCUACACAUUUGGAUGUCUAAGGCCAACCACAAUCGAAGGUCAAGACUCUCAACCAAUCCAAGGUCCAGGAUUUAGCCGGACGGUGUUCUGCAACCAGCCUCACAUGCACAAGAAGAAGCCUUUACGAUACCGUUCUAAUUAUGUCUCUACAACGAGAUACAAUCUGAUAACUUUCUUCCCUAAAUCCUUAUACGAACAGUUCCACAGAGCUGCGAAUCUCUACUUCUUGGUAGCUGCGAUCCUCUCUGUUUUCCCUCUCUCGCCGUUCAACAAAUGGAGCAUGAUCGCUCCUCUGGUGUUCGUCGUUGGCCUGAGUAUGAUGAAAGAGGCGUUAGAGGAUUGGCGUAGGUUUAUGCAGGACGUGAAGAUCAACGCUCGGAAGACGUGUGUGCUCAAAAGCGACGGCGUGUUUCGUCAGAGGAAGUGGAAGAAGAUUAGCGUUGGGGAUAUAGUGAAAGUGGAGAAAGAUGAGUUUUUUCCGGCGGAUUUGCUUCUGUUGUCGUCUAGUUACGAGGAUGGGAUCUGCUACGUUGAGACUAUGAAUCUUGACGGCGAGACAAACUUGAAAGUGAAGAGAUCUCUGGAGGUUUCUUUGCCGUUGGAUGAAGAUGAGUCUUUCAAGAACUUCAUGGCGACGAUAAGAUGCGAAGAUCCAAACCCAAAUCUCUACACUUUCGUUGGGAAUUUAGAGUAUGAGAGGCAGAAGUUCCCUCUUGAUCCAAGUCAGAUCCUUUUGAGAGACUCAAAGCUCAGGAACACAACGUACGUCUAUGGAGUUGUUGUCUUCACAGGCCAUGAUACUAAAGUGAUGCAAAACUCAACGAAGUCUCCUUCCAAGAGAAGUAGAAUCGAGAGGACGAUGGAUUACAUCAUCUACACUCUUCUUGUUCUGCUGAUCUUGAUUUCUUGCAUCAGCUCUUCAGGGUUUGCUUGGGAGACAGAGUUCCACAUGCCUAAGAUGUGGUACUUGAGACCUGAGGCGCCUGAAGAUAUGAUGAAUCCGGCCAAUCCAAUUUAUGCAGGAGUUGUGCAUUUGAUCACUGCUCUGCUGCUUUACGGUUACUUGAUUCCAAUCUCUCUUUAUGUCUCCAUUGAGGUUGUUAAAGUCUGGCAAGCAAGUUUCAUCAACCAGGACUUGCACAUGUAUGAUGAUGAGAGUGGAGUCCCUGCAAAUGCGCGGACUUCGAAUCUUAACGAAGAGCUUGGUCAGGUCCAUACAAUCCUCUCUGAUAAGACAGGAACUUUGACAUGUAACCAGAUGGAUUUCUUGAAAUGCUCUAUCGCUGGUACUUCUUAUGGUGUGCGGUCUAGUGAAGUGGAGCUCGCUGCUGCUAAGCAGAUGGCUGUGGAUCUUGAAGAGCAUGGAGAGAUCUCAAGCACUCCUCAGUCUCAGACUAAAGUGUAUGGGACGUGGGACAGUAGCCGGACGCACGAAAUUGAGGUUGAAAGUGGAGGAGAUAAUGGUUGUUAUAAUUACAAUCCUAGAGUUCCUAUAAAGGGAUUUGGUUUUGAGGAUAACAGACUCAUGAAUGGGAACUGGUUGAGAGAGUCACAACCGAAUGAUAUAUUGCAGUUCUUCAGGAUAUUAGCUAUUUGUCACACGGCGAUUCCUGAGCUGAAUGAAGAGACUGGGAAGUAUACUUAUGAAGCAGAGUCACCUGAUGAGGCUUCUUUUCUUGCUGCUGCUAGAGAGUUUGGCUUUGAGUUCUUUAAGAGAACACAGUCUAGUGUUUUUAUACGUGAGAGGUUCUCUGGUUCAGGGGAAAUAGUCGAAAGGGAGUAUAAAGUUUUGAAUUUGUUGGAGUUCACGAGCAAGAGAAAGCGAAUGUCAGUGAUUGUAAGGGAUGAGGAAGGGCAGAUUCUUCUGCUAUGCAAAGGAGCUGACAGCAUCAUUUUUGAGCGGUUGGCAAAGAAUGGGAAGACAUAUUUGGGACCUACCACAAGACAUUUGACUGAAUAUGGAGAAGCCGGGCUUCGUACACUCGCACUUGGUUACAGAAAGGUUGAUGAGGAAGAAUAUACAGCUUGGAACACUGAGUUUCUUAAGGCCAAAACUUCAAUAGGGUCUGAUAGAGAUGAGCUGCUUGAGACCGGAGCGGAUAUGAUUGAAAAAGAUCUGAUCCUUAUAGGUGCUACCGCUGUGGAGGACAAACUUCAGAAAGGGGUGCCUCAAUGCAUAGAUAAACUUGCUCAAGCUGGCCUCAAGUUAUGGGUUUUAACUGGGGACAAAAUGGAAACAGCUAUCAACAUUGGAUUCGCUUGUAGUUUACUUCGGCAAGGCAUGAGACAGAUUUGCAUAACAUCAAUCAAUCCAGAUGGAGGAUCCCAAGAUUCAAAAAGGGCUGUGAAAGAGAAUAUUUUGAAUCAACUCACUAAAGCUGUACAAAUGGUGAAGCUAGAGAAGGAUCCGCAUGCCGCGUUUGCUUUGAUCAUCGACGGGAAAACUCUGACUUACACACUGGAAGAUGAUAUGAAGUAUCAGUUCUUGGCUUUGGCUGUUGAUUGCGCGUCAGUCAUUUGCUGUCGUGUGUCUCCCAAGCAGAAGGCUUUGGUAACAAGGUUGGUUAAAGAAGGAACCGGAAAAACAACAUUGGCUAUUGGUGAUGGUGCAAAUGAUGUUGGCAUGAUUCAGGAAGCUGACAUUGGUGUAGGAAUUAGUGGAGUUGAAGGCAUGCAGGCUGUUAUGGCGAGUGACUUUUCGAUUGCUCAGUUCCGGUUUUUGGAACGAUUACUUGUCGUCCAUGGACACUGGUGCUACAAACGGAUAGCUCAAAUGAUCUGCUACUUCUUCUACAAGAACAUAGCAUUUGGUCUCACUCUCUUCUACUUUGAGGCAUUCACUGGGUUCUCUGGCCAAUCAGUGUACAACGACUACUACUUAUUGCUCUUCAACGUCGUCCUUACCUCAUUGCCAGUGAUUGCUCUUGGAGUCUUUGAGCAAGAUGUUUCCUCCGAGAUCUGCUUACAAUUCCCAGCUUUAUACCAGCAAGGGACAAAGAACCUCUUCUUUGACUGGUCAAGAAUACUCGGAUGGAUGUGCAAUGGCGUCUACUCAUCGCUUGUCAUAUUCUUCCUCAACAUAGGAAUCAUUUACUCUCAAGCUUUUAGAGCCGGUGGACAAACAGCUGACAUGGAUGCUGUCGGCACAACCAUGUUCACUUGCAUCAUCUGGGCGGUCAAUGUCCAGAUCGCGUUAACCAUGUCGCAUUUCACUUGGAUCCAACACGUUCUGAUAUGGGGAAGCAUCGGUUUGUGGUAUCUCUUCGUCGCUCUCUACGGGAUGAUGCCUGCGAGCCUCUCUGGAAACAUUUACAGGAUUCUUGAUGAGAUUCUUGCUCCUGCACCGAUCUACUGGAUGGCUACAUUGCUGGUCACGGUAGCUACUGUUCUUCCUUACGUUGCUCACAUCUCUUUCCAGAGGUUCUUGAAUCCGUUGGAUCACCAUAUCAUCCAAGAGAUCAAGUACUACAAGAGAGACGUCGAGGACGCGAGGUUGUGGACCAGAGAGCGUACAAAGGCGAGAGAGAAGACGAAGGUAGGGUUCACAGCUAGAGUUGAUGCGAAAAUUAGGCAUCUUCGGUCGAAACUGAACAAGAAACAGUCGAAUCUUUCACAUUUUUCAGCUCAAGAUGCCGUGUCCCCUAGAUCGUUGUAG